UUUAAAAAUAUCUUUCUUAAGAGAUCAAAAGAUUGAAGUGGCUCCUAAGAUACAGGGAGAGCUAACCCUGGACCUUUCAAUGGCUUCCACCGCCGCUAACGCCGCUGCCUCCGCCGAUGAUUCACAGGAGAUCGAGGUCGACGUCCCUGGUUUCUUCCGUAUCUACAAGGACGGCCACCUUUUGCGCUUCAUCGGCACCGACAAGCUCCCCGCCGCACUCGAUCCGGCCACGGGCGUGGACUCCAAAGACAUCACCAUCGACCCGACAACCGGCGUCUCCGUUCGCCUCUACCUCCCACCCGUCGCCGCCGGCCAAAAGCUCCCCCUCCUCGUCUAUUUCCACGGCGGCGCUUUCUGCCUCGAAUCAUCCGCUUCUCCCGCCUACCAUCGCCACCUCAACUCGCUCUCUGCUCUCACCCCUCUAAUCGGCGUUUCCGUCGAUUACCGCCUUGCCCCCGAGCACCCUAUCCCCGCCGCCUACGAAGACUCAUGGACCUCUCUUCUCUGGGUCUUGUCCCUCCCAGAUCCAUGGCUGUCCGACCACGCCGAUCUGAAUCGAGUCUUCAUCGCCGGCGACAGCGCCGGCGCAAACAUCUGCCACCACAUGGCGUUGCGCGCCAGGGUGGAUUCGGCUGCCGGGGUAAUCCUCAAGGGGGUCGCAUUGAUUCACCCAUAUUUUUGGGGAUCGGAGCCGAUUGGCUCCGAAUCGACGGAUCCCGCAGUCCGGUCUACCGUGGAAAAACUCUGGCAAUUCGUAUGCCCUAAUUCCACCGGACCAGACGAUCCUAGGAUAAACCCUCUCGCCGUCGAUGCCGCAAACCUCGCUUUGUUGGGCUGCGAUCAGCUACUUGUUACUGUAGCCGAGAAGGAUACCAUUAAGCACAGAGGAAAAGCUUAUUACGAAAAGGUGAAGCAGAGUGGCUGGGAAGGGAAGGCGGAGCUGGUGGAGACGCCGGAUUCCGAGCAUGUAUUCCACCUUUUUAAUCCUGAUACCGACAAGGCGAAGGAGAUGACUAAGCUUUUGGCUGAUUUCUUCAACAAAGAAUAGGUUUGAUUCUGGUCGUCUUCUUCAUCAGAUUACUGUUAUGCUCUAAAUAAUCGAUCGAUUUGAUCGCUCCGACGAUUAGAUUAUGUUGUUCUAUCUGUUCUGUUUGCCGUUCUACUGAUCUCUGGUUUCAAUAAACAGAGAAAUUCGGAUA